AUACUCAACUAGGGGCCCGUGCGAGUGACAGCAUCGGGUUCUGUGGGUUUCAGUUUCAUGAAGAAUUAACAGACACGCUGUCCUCGGGCGCUGUAUGUUAUUAUCAUCGUUGGUCGUGAUUCUGUUGCAGUUAAUGCGCAAUACUAAUGCAGGGGGCUGUUGCUAGCAAAGCCAUGAUGUUGCUAGGUCGCUAAACGUAUACUCACUGAGGUUGAUGUGUGAGGCGAACCACAGCCGGUCAUCCAGGGAACCAGGAGCAGACACACUCAACUGCUGUGAUUCCAGCUUUAUGCUUGGAGACUGCUCAGAAGAAUCACGAAUGUGUCUUCAUGAUGAGUGACCUUCAACUCUGCACUUGCUGUAACCAAGAAAUACAAUAGACUUAGCUCUGCUUUGACAGAGCCUGAAGCAACCACUCCUCCUCAUCUUACACGACAUAGGCCUGUUUGUCUGGAAACAAGUCGGGCUUUGAGCCAAUACCAGAGAUGCCCGUAAGAAAGCAUCCCUACAGGCUGAAGCCUAGCUACACCAACUGAAAGCAUAAGACAACUGCAUCUCUCUUUUUGAAGGAUGUGCUGCUGAUUGGAUGCAAAUCUCAUUCUUCUUCCACCUCUCCAGAUGUUGAGUGUGUGCCAGGGUCUACAUUGAAUAUGGUAAUCGAAAAUGGUGCUUGAAUUUGGCAUCCUGGUGCAGAGUAUGCUAAAGAGGGUGAGGCUUUUUCACAAAAGUACAACAGCUGACUGAUAGUCUGCUGCCAAUAAUGGAUGCCAAGUUAAAGGAGGACCUUUUUCGAAGGUAUGUAACUGCACUGGAGAGGCGUCUGGAAGAUGGAGGUGAAUAUACAGCAGGGGACAGAGGGCGACGUAAGGACAGCGAGGCCCUACUCUCAACAGCUACAGCUCUGCUAGGGGCCUACCAGCCGGAUCCGGGACAGCGUUUUCGGAUGGUUCGCUUCUACGAAAUGGUGGAUAAUUCUCUCCGCUGCCAGAGAGGAGGGAACAUCAAGAGCCUGGAGAGAGCCUUCAACACAUUAGAAACCAUCUGCACCAACCUCUUGCUUUUCCCCUGGAAGAAGGAGUUCAGAUGUAUAAAAACCUUCACUGGCCCAUAUGUGUACCAUCUGCAGUCAGCCAUUUCCGAUCCUGAACUCCGGACUCUAAUGCGCACCAUUGGCUACGCCUGUGACCAUGAUUCGCAGUUCCAUUUGCAGGAGCACCCGGGAGGCACAAAUCAUCUCCGGCAGUUGGCGUUUGAGCUCUUCUUGGCCCAGGCAGAGUGUCGUCUUCUGGGAGAGGUAGUGGCUCUUGCCCGUGGCUCAGCCUCAGAGCUGGAGGCCCUGGAACUCCGCAAAGGUUGCAGGGAUGAUGCAGCCGGCUGUGCUGAGGCGCUCCGCAGACGCGACAGCCUUGGGGCAGAUAUGGCUCGGCUGUCUGUGCGCCCGUUGGAUAUAGAGAGGCCUCAUGCCCACCACCUGAGGAGAGGAAGCCGACCAUCUAAGUCUGUGGAUGUUACGGAUGGAGCUGGUCACUGGCACGCAGCAGUGAGCAAGCCCGUGUUAAAGGCUUCUUUGAGUCUGAGGAAGGAGCCCCUGUUUGUGGAUGCAGAGGAGGAUAUGAAGGAUGAGAUCCUCCGGCCCAUCACCUCAGCGUCUCUCUUCUCUGUGGCAGCUCCUCCUUCCUAUAGCCCUAUUGCGGAUUUCUUCCCUAUUCAGUCACCUCCCCCGGCUGAUGCUUACACAUCUUACCACCUGUCCUCUUUGGAUGAGAUUGACUUGUACACAGAGAGGGGUGUUGGGACGGGUGGAAGGCAGACCCCCUCUCGCCCUCCAUCUAGAGAGCCUCGGGAUCUAAGGGAUGCGUGGCUACUCAAAGCUCACGGCAGUGUGAAGUGUCAGGGCUGUGGGCUGGGCUGCUCCUCUAUGGCCUCCUGCCAGAGGUGUGACAUGAUCCUCUGCUCUACCUGUCACGAGGUGGACCCCUCCCCUUGCUGUGGCCACCAGGACUACCACCCGAAAUCCCCACGGCCCCUCGACGGAUACAUUCCUGUGAAGGAAAAACUCUCUGUGUACUCCAAUACGCACUCCCACUCCCAUCUACAUCCGCACCCCCUCACGCUGACCCACUCACACUCCCACCCCCACCCUCACCCCCAGAUGGUGGAGAAACCCCUCAUGUCCACUAAGCUGUUUGCUAGCAAGUCUGUUGCCUUGACAACGCCAAAGGGAGGCAGCAGUGAGCGACUAAGCUUGGGGGGAUCGCGGUGCGGGUUUUGCAACAAGCCAGGGGCCUCCCACACCUGUGUGAACUGCUCGAAGGUGUCGUGUGACUCAUGCAUGGGCCUGUACGCAAAGGAUAUUUGCACCAGAAAGAACCCCCAGCACAGCUUUGUGCCCAACCAUCAGCUCAACUUCAAAUCUGGCACCAUAUCUCACCUGGUGUAUCGAUGAAUCAGGCCGACAGAAUAUUUGUUUCUCCCUUCUAGUCCCCCCCCCCCCUUAACCCGCUGAAUAGUCUUGCACUAUUGCUUUAGCUCUGUUCCUGUUUAGCAACUCAUUCCCUGUCUCCCCCUUUAUCUGCUGGUCUUUUAGCUCUAUCUUACCCUCUCUUGGACUUUUGUAGAUUUUCUCUUACCAUCAGUAAUGGCCCUGAAAUGCACAUGCCACAGAGAGCCAUAUUGUCUGCCCAUCUCUUUGCCUUGUACAAGUUCAGGCCUUUUUAUCUAUUUCUUCUUCCUUUUACCCUGCUACCUGCUCUUGAGUAGUUUUGUGAUGUUGUAGCGCUUCCCCAAAUCCUCAAAUGUUGUCCUCCUCAAAGGGGAAACUGGAAAAAAGGGAGAGUAAUUCCUUCUUAUUUUGAAUGAAUUCCGUCCAAAUGAACAUAUAUACUUUGCCUAACUUCUCAGCUAAGAAUUCCUCUAAUAUAUAAAUAUAUAUAAAUAUAUAUAUAUAUAUACUGUGGUGUGUGUGUGUGGGUGUGUGCGUGUGUGUGUGUGCGCAUGGUGAAAAGACCUCUGAGCUUGCAUUGUGAAACAGGAGAUCUUUUUAAACUUGAAAAACAGAAAACAUACACUGGAAGUCAAUAAGUCAAUAGUAUAUAUUUUUAAUCUCUAUUCUCUAGAACAAUGUGAGACUGUUAAAUGGGCAUGAGGUCUGGCAUUGGGACUUUUGGGGUUUUAACUUGUGUCUGUGGGCGGGGGGUGGGAGAUAUUUCAAAGGGACAUAUUGAGACAAUGGUCAGAUGCCAUAUAUUAUAUUUAAAAGAGUAUGCCUUGUAAAUGAACCCUCAAUUGUUUCUGGUUAUAUGACUGAGGUCUAAACGCCGCUGUUGGCUUGAUGAAGAUAAUGAAGGUGUGUGGCGUUGACUUCUUUCUGGUAAAUAGCCUGUUGAGUUGUGUCAGUUUCAAUCCCCCCCCCCCCCAUUCCCUUUCAUCACACUCCUUAAACCACCAUGGCCCAUGAUGUAGUGCACCCUUACCAGAUCAGUCUUUCCCAGCCUCAGGUGGAGUCACAGGAUGUCUCACACUGACCCUCCAAUCAAGUGAUUGAGCUUCUUUUGACAGUGUGUGAGCAUAUUGAUAGUAUGGAAGUGUGGACUCUGAUACGGUUUCCGUCUACCUCAAAUGGCUUCAGCUUAUACACCACAGCGAGUUUGACAUUGUGGUUUCAAACUAGCCCAACUUGUGUUUCAGCUUAUAAUUAGCCAAUUAAGUCACUUGUAAAAUGUUAGCAGAGGGUAUUUAUCUUCAACUUUAGCUUUGUCAUCUGAACGACAUGGCACAAGGUGUUCUGUCUUGUAGCCGUUUACAGUUUCUGUUAUCACAGGGCGUGGACACCAGAAGAUGAACAUCUCUAUUUUAUCAGGCAAUUCAAUACAAUAUCCCUGUAUCAAAUACUACCUUUGUUAAGCUUAAACAGUGUGGGGUUUGUUCAAAUGGUCAUAAAGGGGCUGAUUUAGUUUUAUGGUAUCCAUUCAGACUGCAGUGUGUGUGGUAGUGAACUGGAUUGUAUUGAACUGUAAGUUGUCUGUAUUUUUUUCCCAUUGACAAGACACCCUUUAAAACUUGUAACAGUUCAAUACAGAUGCACCUACGACUGUGAGCUCAAAAUAGACAAUAGAGUUGAAUCAAGACCUCUCUGACGUGGAUUUUACAACAUCUAAUAGUUUAGCUUAUCAAAGGUAGUAUUUAGCACAAGGCUAUUGAACUGAGUCAUGACAGUGAUUUAUGUUGUUGUUGUCUUCCCACCUGUACAGCAUAGUGAUGCCAAUGUUUCAUAUUUAAGACCUUGAAUGCCCUCGCUUAGUACCUUGAUUUGGUGAAUGCUAGCAGGAGUUUCCUCCAGCAAGCCACUGCCAUUUGCUGUGGACAUUUACACAAAACAAUUCGCAUAAGGGCUGGGGUCAUCAAUGCUGAACAAACUGUGCUGACCUGUAAUCUGAGUGUCGGAACAUCUAUAAAGUAUUCUAAAUAGUGAUUAGGUUUUGAGUGUUGAUGUAAAAGGAUACUUUAAGCUGUAUGUGGCAACUGACCCAUUUCACCAAGGGCUAAUUUUAAAUCGCAUUUCAUAAAAAUAACCUAGGUUAUCUUGACAGACCAUAGGCAAUCAUAGCCAUAAUGUUCUGUCAGAAAUAACCUUUAAACGCCUUAUAGCUCAUUCAGCUCUCUUAUCGACUACUUUAAGUGUUAUUGACAUUUUGUGUUACCAGCUUAUAGGUUAAACAUUAACAUGGUUUUGCAAGGCUGCAUGAAGUAAAUAUAAAGCUUGUUUUAUGACAGCUAAGGAAGGAAUUCAGAGUUAUUCAAAAACACACAAGUAUGGACUAACUACCACGCCGGUGCAUAUUGUCACCCUGCAUACUAAGCAUAUUGCACCAUGCAUUAACAGGAUUAUUUACAACUUAUUUACAAGCAAUUUACAACUUGUAUACCAAUAUAUUAACCAUGUGCUUACAGAGGUUAUUGUCUGUAAUAAUAACAACCAUGUUUUGCUUUGCUUUUUAGAUAUUACCUGAACACCGGUUUGGUUACAGGAAGUGAUAUCUGAUUUCUUACUUCUGUUCAUUCCUUCCCUUUUAAAACAGUUUUUAUCAUGUUUAACAACUUAAAGAAGGGAACUUUUGAUACGGUUUGGAUGUAGCUGAAGGGUUCUUUAAGAGAGACUUUUGAGUCAACGUUGGCUAACUUGGCUAUGACGAAAGUCUUCUGUGAUCUAAGAGGAGGUGUGCAAUUGUUUGGUUUUCAUAUGAUGAAAGCCUUUCUACAUAGUUUAUAAUAUUUAUCAUAGAUAUAUUUUAGUUGCGUGCGUCCAUUUAUCGCAAAUCAUACCAGCAACAAAGACGACUUUAAGAAUUGUUGAGCCAUGUUAAAAGAGUGAUCCUAUUGCCAAAUGAAGAACAAAUAUAUAUUAUUGGAGUGGAAAGUGAAUCCCUGUUGCAUGCCCGGAUGUACAGUUAAUGUUACAUGAAUCUGUGGUUCUGCUAAAGUUUAGCCUUGUGUCUUCA